UUCCUGGGGCUGCCCAUUUCCACCUCCUUGUUAAAUUUUUCUGGGAUUCUGGUUAGAAAAGGAGAUUUUUCACAUGGGGUUAAAAAAUUAUGACACAGCCCCCUGGAAAUUAUACUUUUUAAUUGGCUUGACGUGGCUUUUAAAAUAAUGCAAGCCGCUGUGACAGGCAACUGAAGUUCUGAUUUUUUUUGGAAAUGAGAACCCAGUCUUACCAGUAAGCCUGAGCUUUUAAAUCAUGUCAGUUGAUGGUAUGAUCAGCGUUUUUUGAUUAUGAAGCAAGCUCUAAAGAAUAAUAAAAAAAAAAAAUAGAACAACCAAAGUGAUCUUCCUCUAUACAAACUGUAAAUUAUCUUUCACAGCACCUCAUUGGACUGGUGGCUUUGAGGGCUAUGUUAAGUAGGUUAUCCUCUCAUCUAACCAGCACUAGUAUCGCUUGGGCCGCUGUGAGUGACACACGCUUAGUGGAGUGAAGGGAAAUGCUGGUGAAUUGCAUUUUGAGGUGUGGGCUGCUGUUAGUCACUCUGUCUCUUGCCAUUGCCAAGCACAGGCAAUCUUCCUUCAGCAAAAGUUGUUACCCAAGGGGGACACUGUCCCAAGCUGUUGACGCUCUCUAUAUCAAAGCAGCAUGGCUCAAAGCAACGAUUCCAGAAGACCGCAUUAAAAAUAUACGAUUAUUAAAAAAGAACACAAAAAAGCAAUUUAUGAAAAACUGCCAAUUUCAAGAACAGCUUCUGUCCUUCUUCAUGGAAGACGUUUUUGGUCAACUCCAGUUGCAAGAUUGCAAGAAAAUACACUUUGUGGAAGACUUUCAUAGCCUUAGGCAGAAAUUGAGCCAUUGUAUUUCCUGUGCUUCAUCAGCUAGAGAAAUGAAAUCCAUUACCAGGAUAAAAAGAAUAUUUUAUGGGAUUGGAGAAAAAGGAAUCUACAAAGCCAUCAGUGAACUGGAUAUUCUUCUUUCCUGGAUUAAAAAAUUCUUGGAGAGCAGUCAGUAAACAAAAGCCAACAUGCUAGAAUUUCUUGGUAUGCAAGGGGUACCUACCAGAUCACAGCAAAUAAGAUACACAAAGUACCUAACUGCUUGGAAUGAUUUACCAGGAAUGCCUUUGACAGGAAACCGAAGCCAUGAAGACCACAAGUAACCAAGAUCAAAUGAUGCUGAGUCUUGAUAACAAGGUGCUGUGCAAUUAGAAAAGUUCAUAGAAGCCAAAUAAAAGUCUAAAUGCAGCUCAAAUUUCACCACAGUCAACUUUUUGUAAUGUCUAAAAAAGCCAUCUACAUACUCAUAAAGGAGUAAUAUGGCCUAAAAAUUGUUCUGCAUUAAAGGAACUCUGCUCUGUGCUCUUGGCAUACAGCACAGAAAACAGUAGUCAUUUCUGAUGGGACGUCCUGGGCCACCAGCCAGUUCACUCCCACAAGGCUUUCAUUGUGCCCCUGCUGCACACCGACAGUUCUGGGACUUGGCACCUUUUGUGUUAAUAGGUGGGACUUCCCCAAGGUCUUCAUGGACUAUGUCCCUGGCAGCUUUUCCCUUCAUUGCUUUCCCACCAUCUAGUUCUCUGUUUCAGUCAUGUGGUCAUUAGGUUGUUCACUAAGAACUGCCCUCUCUUCACUGAUUUCAUAUUCCAAAGUGAUCCCUUUCUGCUUUUUCCCCAUCAACACACUAUGGUCCCAUGUCUGAUCUCUUCUGGAGAUCUCAUUCCUACACAAGUACACAGGACAGGAAAGGUGUGGGGAACUGCAGGGCAUUGGUGAGGA